CCUGUUAUGUAUGUACACGGUAGUUUGCGGUAAUACACGGUAGUGUGCGCGCCGCUGCACGCACUGUAGCUGUGCUGUUUAGGUCCUGAAACUGGCAUCAUUGACUGAAAUAUAUUUAUUUCUUUACAUACGUAUUAAACGAUUUAUAUAUAAUUUAAACGAAUAUGUAACAAAAUAAUCAAAAGAUUCAUAAAAUAUAAAAGAAUGCCACAUAAACAGUAUAUAAAACAUACAUCAUACAUUAGUGUUUAUAUAUUUUAUUAUAAAUAGCUUUCGCUAUAUUUAUCAUUACAAGAGAUAUGAAUUCCUAUCAAAUGCUUCAACUAGCCUAUAAGCUUAGGAUGGCUUUUAGGAUCUCUAUAGAUAGGUUUAACAAAAUCAACAUCAAAAUAAAAAAGUAUGAGAUGUCUGAAAGAAUUAAGGGUACCUUUCUUGAACGUUGGGCAAAAUAUUGGCAUAACCUCUAUAUAGAUUAUAAAGAUGUUGCGAUUGAUGUAGCUAAGGAUUGUAAAAAUCGUCCUAUACGUGCCACAAUUUAUAGUACAAUUUUAGGAACCAGUUUGUAUUUUAGUAUACACAAUCCAGAUGAAGUUUUAUUCAGAGAUAAUAUGAUAAAAUAUAACUUGAAAUUGAUGAUGCUGGGAGAACUUAUACGCAAUCCUGUUGCUGUGAAGCAUAUAGAAAAGUUACAGCAAUACUAUAAUGAAGGAAUCAUCAGGAGAAUAAAUUUGGGUAUUUCAUCUAUAAUUUGGAUAGAUAAUUAUGAUCAAGACUGUUCCUCAUACAAAGCUGUAUGUCCAUAUCUUAAACCUUGUUAUAUAACUUUUUAUAACAGAAUAAUAGAUAUAGGUUUCUUAGAUAAGUGGUGGGUGUUAGAGAACAAAAUGAAUGACUAUGAUGUAAAUGAAGCUGAAUUUAAUAACUUUAUAAAAUUGUCUACAAAUACUACAUAAAUAGAUUAAAAAAUUCCUGUUAUCAAUAUCAUAUGUGAAUGUAAUAUAUGAUCUCUCAAUAAGUUUCUCCUUGUUAUUUAUGUAACAUUAUAAAAAAAACAAUAAAUGUA